GGAAACUUCAUAGUUAAUAGAACUAUACUACUAUUCUUCCUUCUCCUCAUAAAUUUUCCACGCUCGUUUUUCACUGUUAACAACACCACCGUACCCAAAAUCUCAACCUUGUUCAGAUCUCUCACACCCUUCCACUCAAACUAAGGGUGUGACAAGAUGAGUGAGGUCUUCGAAGGGUACGAGCGCCAGUACUGUGAGCUCUCUGCUAAUCUCUCCCGCAAAUGCAGUUCCACGUCUCUUGUUUCCGACCAAGAACAGAAGCAGCAGAAGCUUUCUGAGAUCAAAACCGGACUUGAUGACGCUGAUGUUCUGAUUCGGAAAAUGGACCUUGAGGCUAGAAGUUUGCAGCCAAGUGUAAAAGCAAUGCUUCUUGCAAAGUUAAGGGAAUACAAAUCCGAUCUAACCAAUUUGAAAAAGGAAUUUAAAAGGAUAACAUCACCUAGUGCUGAUGAGGCUGCCCGUGAAGAAUUGUUGGAGACUGGAAUGGCAGAUACACAUUUGGCAUCUGCUGAUCAGAGAGAAAGAUUAACUAUGUCAGUGGAGAGAACAAACCAGUCAAGUGAGAGAAUUAGGGAAAGCCAUAGAACCUUGCUCGAGACUGAAGAACUCGGUGUCUCCAUCCUCCAAGAUUUGCACAGUCAGAGAGAGACUCUACUGAACUCCCAUAAAAGGCUUCAUGGGAUUGAUGACGCCAUCGACAAGAGUAAGAAGGUUUUAACUACAAUGUCAAGGAGAAUAACUAGAAACAAAUGGAUUGUUGCAUCUGUGAUUGGAGGUCUUGUUUUUGCCAUAGUUGUUAUUCUUUUCUACAAGCUAUCUCAUUAACUAUUAUACGCAAGAUACAACAUUCAACAGGAUGGAAGCAACGUUUAAUGCUUUUUAUGUACUCGGUUGUAUAUAGGAAACAUAUGACAUGUGUGUUGGUAUCAUAACCCUGCAAUUAUUUCUCCAUUGUUACGUUUAUGAUUGGUAAUUUUCAAUGAUACCUUGCUGGCUCUUCCUUGUGUUUUUCUUUUGA